AUGUUUGAAAAAUCUCUGAAUAUAUUCAUUGAAGUUUUACCUAUCCAUCAUCCAUCGUUUGCAACACUUUACAAUAAUAUUGGUUUAAUGUGUCAUUCUCUCGGUGAUUAUGAUAAGGCGAUCAAAUACUUAAAGCAAAAAUAUGAAAUACAAAGAAAUUCCUUACCAGCAAAUCAUUCCGAUUUUACAAAAACUUAUCAUAAUUUAGGACGCUUCUAUUAUGAACAGGGAAAGUUCAAUGAAGCAUUGGAAAUGCAUGAUAAAUGUAUCGAGACGCAAUUAAAAAGUUUAGCAAAGAAUCAUCCUAGUAUUGCAACGUCUUGCAAUAGUAUUUCAAUGAUUUACACUGCUCUUGGCAAGUACGAUAUAGCACAUGAUUAUUUCAAGAAAGCUCUAGUAAUUCAGGAAAAUUUCCUACCAUCGAAUCAUCCUGAUAUUGCUGUUAUCUAUAACGAAAUUGGCAUCAUUGGCCAUAAAUAG